UUUCAAUUCGGUUAAAUCCCAGAGAAAUGUUCAAAAUUGGUUAAUAAUGGGCCAUUCCUAUGUGAGUUGGCCCAUACACCCCCAAGUUCAGCCCAAUCGAAGCUUUCACUUUUACUCACCGAGUACCGACUCCAUUUUUAGCCGUCUAUGCCCGAUCAUGAAAAGGUAAAAACCAAAAUAACGAAGUAGUAGUACACGUAUAUGUUGGCCGCCGUCGCCGCCGGUGAGUCACGGAUGAUACCUCGUAGCUUUCUCUUCAGAGUUAGCAUUGGAGCUCGUAGUAGUACGAUUACUUGCUUACAGCCGAAGCCAUUACCUCACUUUCAGGCGUAUAAGUUCUUCCAUGCUGUUAGCAACGAUUUGACGAUGAGUAGUAGAAAGAGAAGAGUUGAUAUUGGUGGAAAAGGUCAUAAAAACGUUACACAAACGUGGAAGGCGUUGUCUACUGAGCCUAUUUGCAAUGAGGCACCUGAAGCUCAAAGUAGUAAUCCUGAAGUUCUUACCGAGUCAAUCGGAGAAGAUGCAUGUCCUACGUCAAACAGUAGCAAGGUUGAUAUAUCUUCAGAUGAGAACUUAGUGCCUCCAGAGAAUCAUUCAAUAUCGAUGGAGGUAGGACGGUCGUUGAUGCGUUUCAUCAAAGGGAAAGGGGAUAGCACUCAGAAGAAAAUUGAGGCUGAGACUGGGGUUAAAAUUAUGUUUCCUUCAUCCAAAACUGAUGAUUUUAUCUGCAUUGAAGGCACCUCAGCUGAACGUGUAGCUAAAGCAUCUGAGAAAAUACAAGUUAUAAUCAAUCAGGCUGUUAAUAGCCGUGACCUCGACUACUCGCACUUCAUUUCACUUCCGUUAGCUAUCCAUCCUGGACUAGUUAACAAACUCGUCGAGUUUCAGAAUACAAUACUUGGAAUAACAGCAUCAGAUAAAGAUGAGAAUGAUGGUGGUACUGCAGAUGAGGCAGAACAGCAAUCAAGUAAAGAUUCCAAAGUUGUUGAGUCGGAAACUGAAAAAGUCGAUGCGCAUGUUGAAGUAAAUAUAACGGGUGACCAACAUUCAGCUAAAGCACCUCUAGUGGCUGAACACAAAGCUGAAGACGCUACUAAUUCCAAAGUUGUUGAGUUGGAAGCUGAAAAAGUUGAUGCUCAUGUCCAACAUUCAGCGAAGGCACCUCGAGUGGCUGAACUCAGAGCUGAACACUCUUCUAAGGCAUCGAUAAUAGCGAAAAUUGCUAAUAUUCCUCUCGUCAGUUACCGUCCUAAAGAGUUGAAUGUUGCUGGUUCUUCAGAAUCAAGAGAUUUGGGAAUUGAUAAGUCCAUAUUUAUCAAACCAACGACCUUCCACUUAACUGUACUCAUGCUGAAGUUAUGGAACAAGGAUCGAGUCAAAGCAGCUGCAGAGAUUUUGCAGAGCGUCUCACCGAAAGUACUGGAUGCAUUAGACAGCAAGCCACUUUCAGUCAGACUUAAGGGACUGAGUUGCCUUAGAGGUUCGUUGGACAAGGCUCGUGUCGUUUAUGCUCCUGUAGAAGAAAUUGGGGACGAGGGUCGACUUUUACGUGCUUGUCAAGUCAUUAGAGAUGCAUUUGUGGAGGCUGGAUUGGUCAUUGGGAGACAUGCUCAACAUGAUUUAAAGUUGCACGCUACCAUUAUGAAUGCGCGUCACAGGAAAAGAACGAAAUGGUCCAAGAAUGUUGACUCGUUUGAUGCCAGAGGUAUUUUUGAUCAGUAUGGUUCUGAGGAAUGGGGCGAGUACCCUAUCUGCGAGGCUCAUCUUUCUCAAAGGUUUGCUUACGACGAGAAUGGUUACUACCAUUGCUGUGCCUCAAUUCCUUUUCCUGCCGAGAUGCAAGAUGAUUAAUCUCAUUCGCCUUUUAAAAUUUCCAUGACAAGUAAUUUUUUAUUUCGAGUAAUGAAUGGCAAUGGUAAAGUUUCCUUGGUCCCUGAUGGUUAUGUUUGUUGNUUUUUUUUCUUUUUCUUCUGCAAUGAACUUUUUUCAUGGAUGGAUUGGGAAUAUUUUGCAAAUAAAGAAGAUUGAAAUCACUCCUAUUUACUCUCA